CAACAGCAAAAAUAGAAUUCACUUUAAUUACACAUAAAAACCCUAGAGAGAGAGAGAGAGAGAGAGAGAGAGAGAUGGAUGCGAUAAGGAAGCAGCUGGACGUGCUGAUGGGAGCGAAUCGGAACGGAGACGUGAGGGAAGUAAAUCGAAAGUACUACGAUCGCGAUGUCUGCCGUCUCUUCUUGGUCGGCCUCUGCCCUCACGAACUCUUCCAAUUAACCAAAAUGGAUAUGGGACCAUGUCCAAAGGUGCACUCACUGCAGCUGAGGAAAGAAUAUGAGGACGCCAAAGCCAAGGGUAUCGAUAACUAUGAUAGGGAUUUGGAGGAUGUUAUAGAUAGGCUUAUUGUUGAGUGUGAUAGGAAAAUUACUAGAGCUCUUAAACGUCUCGAGGAUGAGGAUGCUAAAGCUGCUAUUGCAAUUUCUGUGUCUGAGGUUACACAGACACCUGAGGUUCUGGAGUUAUCGAAACAGAUCAAGGAGAAGUUAAAGGAAGUCGAUCAAUAUGAUCUUGAAGGCAAGACAGAUAUGAAAAUUCAAGCUUUGGAAAUAGUGGAAGAACUCAGAACAAAAAGAGCUGACAAACAGUCUAUGCUUCUUUUGGAUGCCUUCAACAAAGAUCGAGCUUCCUUACCUCAGCCCCUUCCAAAUCCUCCACCGUUGGCACCCUUGCCUGUCGUUGCUCCCGAUGCUCGUACACAAGAAAUGAUAAAUGAGAAGCUCAAAAAAGCAGAAGAUCUUGGUGAGCAAGGAAUGAUUGAUGAAGCACAAAAAGCAUUGGAAGAGGCUGAAGCACUUAAGAAGCUGGCUCCCAGACAGGACCCUGUUUUGGAUGCCUCCAAGUACACUGCUGCUGAUGUCCGCAUUACUGAUCAGAAGCUACGUGUCUGUGACAUUUGUGGGGCAUUUUUGAGUGUUUAUGACAGUGACCGUCGUUUAGCAGAUCAUUUUGGAGGAAAGCUUCACUUGGGCUAUAUACAAAUCCGUGAGAAGUUAGCGGAGCUACAGGAAGAGAGAAACAAUAAAAGGAAGGCCCAUGACGAUGAGAGAAGAUCAAAAGAGCGAAGCCGAGAGCAUGAUAGGGAAGCGAGCAGGGAUCGAGACCAUGGAGAUAGCCGUGAAGAGGGGAGGGACAAUGAUCGUAGGAGCAGAGAUCGUGAUAGGUAUUAUGAUCGUGAUCAUGGGUAUGAUCGAGAGCGAGAUAGAGAAAGAGAUCGGGCCCGCAACUAUGAUUCAAGGAGUCGUCGGAGGUCACGUUCACGGUCAAGAGAACGUUCCAGGGACUAUGAUCGCCACAGGCGUUAUGAUCGGUACUAGCUGCAGCUGGAAUGAAGAAUCUGGAAAUUGCUUGUCCUUUGUCUUUAUGAAGAUAAAUUUGAGUUUUUGGAGAGAUGGGUUCUGUGAUGGCACUAGAAAUUGCUUAGUACAUCUUCAUGAUUACUGUUUGAUGAAGGAUUGAAAUUACGCUGCCUUUGAUUAUACCUACAUGGCUGAGUGACAGUUUGUUUCUUUUGGACUUCCCACAUUAUCCCAAGUUUGACUGGCUCUAACUUGAUUGAUAAAAAAUCGAACGAAUCCAUAACAAUUUAUUAUGCUAUAAAAGUUCGGUUUGUACCCUGUAGGACCUUCCUGUAGCAGUGACUAGGACUGGGGGGAAUGGCCCGUUUAUUAUUAUUAUUAUAUAUAAAUGUUAAAACUGAGCUUGGUCUAGCUUACUAUUAUUUC